CCGGCUGCCAAAGAAAUAAAAAAAAAAGAAGGUUUUAAAAAUGGAUUACGCUACUGGGUCAUCUUACGUGUCGGCCAUUUCUUCAGCCGCCGCUGCCGCAGCGGCGGCGGCAGCUGGGCUUGCCCAACACUUUAACAAUCCAUCGACUUGUCCUUUCUCUCCUUCCGAUCAACAACAACAAGAACAACAGCAAAUAGCAUCGCCGACAGAGUCUACUUCAACUCUCCCCGUCAUCCAUUCGCAUCAUCAUCCGCAUUUGCUGAUCCACCACCACCAAUCGAAUUAUCCGGAAGAUUUGAUCUCACCUCCAUCGCCAUCUCCAUCAUCAUCUUCAUCGUCGACUUUGUUACAUUCUUCCUCUUCAUUGGCCUCAUCUCUUUCAUCACAUCUUUAUGGAUCGCAUCAUCAACGAUACAAUUCGGCCACCCCGUCGUCUUCGUUGAGCCUCUUAGGCGGAGGUGCAACAUCGUCCGGCAUGCCGACGUCAUCAUCCAAUAGCAACGCUUUAACAACGGCAGUUUCAUUAUUCGGUGGAGGAGGUGGAGGAUGUUUCCAUGGCAACGGAUUUACUUCUUUAUCGCCAACUUCACCAUUGACAUCGACGUCGAGAACGUCGUCCUCGACGACUGCAAAUUAUUCCAGUGGAGGGGCUUCCUUCUUUCCUCCUGCCAACGGCAUCCAUUUUCAAGGCGGAUAUCGGAUGUAUCCGACGAAUCUGGGAACAACUUCGCAACAUUCGCAAAACCACAAUGUCGGCCAUCAGCAGCAAAGUAACAACGCGCAUCACCAAGUUCAUCCGUCGCAACUUGCUGGCACAUCACCUGGCGAUAAUUCAUCCUCGUCUUUCUUAACGAGUAUGGGCUUGGCUAAUGUCAUGUCUAUCGGCCAUAAUACCUCGUCAUCAUCGACGGCAUCUUCCCCCAUCCACCAACAACAGCAGCAUUUAACUAUUUCACCGUCUCCAGCAUCAUCUUCGUCCGCUAGUGGAUUCUUGGUUGAUGGGUCGCAACAGCAACACCAAUCGCAUCACCAGUCCAGUCAGAAUCAACAGCAACAUCACGGACAACAUGGUCAUCAUUCCGGCGGCUUUCAAUCGCAUCACCAUCAUCACGGACUCGUCUCUCCACCGUCCAUGAGCCUAGGAGCUUAUCCGACAUCUUCAGCUAUCGGACAUCAUCAUCAUUCUGGAAUUUCUAACGCAGUGGCUGGACCUCAUCAUCACCAUCAUCCAUCUAUAGCUGGCCUAUCCGGUCUUCCGAGUCUUCAUCAGCAAGGGCACCAUCAUCACGUCGGUUCGCUUUCCGUUUCAUCGUUACAACAAGCUGAAAAACGGAAACAAAGGCGCAUUCGUACGACUUUUACAUCAUCCCAAUUAAAGGAACUUGAAAGGGCAUUUCAGGAGACGCACUACCCUGACAUCUACACCCGUGAAGAGAUUGCCAUUCGGAUUGAUCUCACUGAAGCCAGAGUCCAGGUUUGGUUUCAAAAUCGAAGGGCAAAAUUCCGCAAACAGGAGCGCCUAACACAACAAAAAUCAUCGUCAUCAGAUAAUAAUGGAGCUAAAGACGGAGGUCAUCAAAGUCCCGGCGACGCCAAAGAGAGCCGAGGAUCAUCAUCCGCCGGAUCGUCGGCCGAAUCGCCCCGCGAUCUCGACAUCAAACCCCAAAUGGGAGACCGAACGGAAAGCGAUACUACCUGGAGCGCUGGAUUGAAUUCUCCGCCGGAAUCGCCUCCUAUCGAAGCAUCACCAAUCACCCGUUCCUCCGCCGCCGGAGGCAACAACAAUAAAGCUAUUGUCAAUUUAUCUGCUUUCGGUAACUCCUUCACUCACCUGGCAGUCAAUCCAUUUUAGAAAAUGUAAAAAAUUAAAACUCAAAGUUAAACAAAAA